AUGGGUCCUCCUGAGAAGUCUUCGGCAAAGGAACUUGCCGUGGUUGGAAUGGCAUGUCGGUUCCCUGGUGGAGCGGCGAGCAUUGAUCAGUUCUGGCAGAUUCUUGUACAGGGGAAAAGCACCUUGUCUGAGGUCCCAUCUAAUCGGUUCUCUCAUAUGGCGCAUUAUCACCCGACCAAAGAGACUACAGGAGCGUACAAUUGGAGAGGAGCACAUUUCCUUAAUAAGGAUCCAGCUCUCUUUGAUCCUCAGUUCUUUAAAAUCUCUGUUAAUGAAGCCAAGGCCAUGGAUCCCCAGCAACGUCAACUACUCGAGGUUACAUACGAAGCAAUAGAAAACGCUGGUAUUCCCCUGAAAGCCCUCGCUGGAUCCAAGACCGGAGUAUACGUGGGAGUAUCUUCAGCGGACUAUGACCGCAUCACAUCACGAGAUCCAGAGUAUGUGCCCCAAUACCAGACAACUGGAACUGGCCUGGCAUACCUUUCCAAUCGACUGUCGUACACCUUUGACCUCAGGGGUCCCUCCUUGUCUGUUGACACAGGCUGCUCGGCGGCAAUGGUCGCGUUGCAUCUUGCUUGCCAGAGCCUCGCCGCUGGCGAAAGUAAACAGGCUAUAGUCGGAGGAGUGAACCUGCUCCUUGACCCCAUGAGCAGUGUGUGCAUGAGCAACAUGAGAUUCUUCAAUAAUGACGGCCGCUGCUAUACCUACGACAACCGUGGAGAUGGAUAUGGACGGGGGGAGGGUGUUGGCUGUGUCAUUCUCAAACCUUUAAGCGAUGCCAUACGCGACGCUGACCCUGUCCAUGCUGUCAUUUGCAAUACGGCAGUGAACCAAGAUGGCCACACACCUGGCAUCACCAUGCCGUCCGAGGAAGCACAGGCGUCUAUGAUACAGACUGCCUACGAGAGCGCCGGAUUGGACAUGUCCUUGACGGCAUAUGUCGAAUCGCACGGGACUGGGACCAUGGUGGGCGACCCGAUCGAAGCUGGUGCAAUUGGGACGACUAUAGGAAGGUCUCGGUUGGCACACCAGCUUCCCCCAGCGCUUGUUGGGUCCGUGAAAACUAAUCUCGGUCACCUUGAAGCGGCGAGCGGACUUGCAGGGUUGAUAAAAACUGUGCUGAUUUUGAAGCAUGGUGUGAUUCCGCCUAACAUCAACUUUGAGCAGUAUAACCCGAAAAUACUGGCCAGAGAGUGGGGAAUCGCGGUUCCCACAAAAAUGACGCAUUGGCCAGAUAAUGACGUUAGGCAAGCAUCUAUUAACAACUUCGGCUACGGAGGCACGAAUUGUCAUGCAAUCCUUCGCAGUGUACCUGUGGCAUCCCAGUGUUGCCAGGAAAGCACCAUCAGAGCCAAUAAAUACAUCAUAGUUAUCAGCGCCCAUUCUAGAAGAGCACUGACUAAAUUGGCAUUGCAGCUAAAGUUGUAUCUCAUCAAUCAACCGCAUCUCUCCGACUCCAGCCUACUUCCACGACUGAUGCAUUCCCUUGCGUGUCGCCGAUAUAACCAUGGAUAUCGAGCUGCGUUUGUGGUCGAUUCGAUCAUCGAUUUGCUUUGCCAGCUAAAUGUCUCCACAAUGUCAGUGGGGUCGUCAAUGGUUCCACCGAAGCUUGUAUUUUGUUUCACCGGACAAGGAGCACAGUGGUAUGCAAUGGGAAGAGGACUAUUGGCGUCUUUUCCUGUGUACCGUUCCAGUCUGCUUCGGUUGGAUCUUCAUCUAGCGAAUCUGGGAGCUAACUGGUCACUGAUUGAGGAGCUCGGUUAUGAUGAAAAGAAUUCCCGUCUGUCAUGCGCGGAACUUAGUCAGCCCACUUGUACGGCAGUGCAGAUUGCAUUGGUAGACUUGCUAAGAUCCAUGGGGAUUAAGCCCAUAGCCACCAUUGGCCAUUCAAGUGGCGAGAUUGCGGCUGCGUACAGCGCCGGAGCUUUCAGUGCAGAGGAUGCUAUCCACCUGGCAUAUGCUCGAGGUCUGGCAGUUAGUGGCCUCCGGGGAAACGAUCAAGGUUCGAUGAUGGCUGUCGGGCUCUCCGAAGAAGAGGUCAAAAAUUACAUUGGCAAGCUCCCUGAGCAGCUGGGCUUAGUUCGAGUCGCAUGUUUGAACAGCCCAAAAAGCGUCACUGUGUCUGGAGAUACGGUGGCUUUAGAACAUCUCCAUGAUGCCCUUCAAAAGGAUAAGGUGUUUAGCAAGAAACUUAAAGUUGACAGGGCCUACCACUCACACUAUAUGAAGGCUUGUAUGGAAACGUACCAUGCCCAGAUCGCCAAAAUCAGUCCUCGAUGCCUCCAGGAAGCGAAGUUUUAUUCAACGGUAUACGGGGAAAAUGUUGAAAACAGUAGAUUAGGCUCAGAAUAUUGGGUCCAAAAUCUUGUUUCACAGGUCAAGUUCCACACGGCCCUCGAAAUGCUGCUACAUGACACCCACAAUGUAUUUCCGAAAGAAAGUGCCUGCGUUGUGGAAAUUGGGCCGCAUAGCGCCCUCGCAGGGCCCAUUAAACAGACUUGGUCUUUGACACAACCGGAAAGCCCCGUUGAUUACCUGCCGACACUCGUCAGAAACCAGGACUCAAUUACGGCGAUACUUGAUUUCCUGGGCAAACUAUUCAUUAAGGGAUAUGAUGUGGACUUCGAUGGAAUAGCGCCGGAGAAAUCUUUGUUCUUGCACGAUCUACCGCCAUACCCAUGGGACCACUCGACAGCGUAUUGGCAUGAGUCUCGUUUGAGUGCGGGCUACCGAUUAGCGAAGUAUCCACGACACCAGCUUCUCGGAGUCCGAUCGUCAGACUGGAACCCAGUGCAGCCAAGUUGGAGGAACGUCUUGCGGGCCUCGGAGAAUCAGUGGGUGAAAGGGCAUCAAGUGCAAGGCAGAGUGAUAUAUCCAGCUGCUGGGUACGUGUCCUUAGUUCUCCAGGCAUGUCAGCAACUUGCGGAAGAGUCCGUCCGAUCAUAUAUUCUUAAGGAUGUGCAUUUUCUCAAUGCUUUGAUUCUCGAUUCUAUGGAUAGUCAGCCAAUGGAGCUGUCACUCCGUCUCCAGCGGCUUUCACGCAACCUGCAGGACACUGCCCCUGCAUGGCUGGAGUUCAAUAUCUCUUCCACGACAGAUGGAGGUUCCUGGCUAGAACAUUGCCGGGGGAUCGUCAGCAUCCAAUACAAGAAUGACACAGUUGAUGCAGAAUGGCUGCGUGAGUCAGAGUACAAUCGCAGCGAAGUCUGGGCCGAGUUUAAAAAGGCAGCGGAUCGCUGCGUACCGAUGGACAACCACCAAGUCUACCACAAAUUUGGGGAAGUAGCAGUAAAGUAUUCCAACCUGUUCAGGUGCAUGCGGGAGGUCCAUGCAAAUGUCGGUAUAUGUACUGCUGUCGUCGAGACGGUAGACUCGGCUUCACUUCUUCCCGAUAGCUUUGAGCAUAGUCAGAUAGUCCAUCCUGCGACGCUGGAUGGCUGCUUCCAGACAAUACUUCCAGCCAUGCUAAAAGGCCACGCCGUCAAGACUUCUAUGCUUCCUGUACAAAUCAGGGAAAUGGUUGUUUCUGGUUGCCUGACUCAUGACCCUGGAACUGCCCUAAAAGUCCUUACAACUACGAAAAGAACAAACCUCAACACCCAAGAGGCAAAAAUUAUGAUUACAGACAAAGAGGGUGAGCCGCUUGUGGAAAUCAAGAGAUUUUUCUGUAAAAGUCUGCCCACAAAUAGCAGCCAGAGCAAGGAGUCAUACGCCCUCUGCCAUCGCGUUCAUUGGGUCCCCGACAUUGACCUAAUGGAAGAAAGGUCAGCCAAAAAAAUUGCUUAUGCUGGAUUACAGGAGACCAACCCCACUGAAGAGUUCGAGGUCCUCGAAAUAGCUGUUGAUCAGCAAAUCCGGCAUUGCCUAGCAAACAUCAGUGAUGCGGACGUUGCCGCACACGCGAAAGAAUGGCAUCGGCAGCAAUAUGACUGGUUUAAACACUAUGCGGCCACUCAUCCCCCGAGGCCUGGAUUACCGGGACUGCAAGAAAAAGCAGAAUCCUUUGGGGCAAUAGGAACCUUGGUCUAUCGCAUCGGGGCCCAGCUUCCCGAUAUAAUACUUGGUCGGGCUGAACCGCUGGAAAUCAUGACUCGCGACAACCUGCUCCACGACAUGUAUCGUAGUGUUCAUCAGCAACGAACCUACGAGAUAAUGUGCAACGUUCUACGGCUUCUGAUGCAAAAGAACCCCAACAUGCGGGUAAUUGAGCUCGGAGCUGGGACAGGUGGUGCGACUACACCUAUUCUCCAGGCAUUCAGCCCGGGAAGGCAUGUUUGUUUUCAGCGUUAUGAUUUUACUGACAUUUCUCCUGCCUUUUUUGAGGAUGCGAAGUCGUCAUUCAGCUCAUGGGGUAGCCGUAUAACUUACAAUAAAUUGGACAUUGAAGUCGAUCCGGUGGCCCAGGGCUUUGAGCCUGAGGGUUAUGACCUCGUGAUAGCAUCCAAUGUUCUGCAUGCGACAUCCUCGAUCAAUUUAACACUCCAGAAUACCAAGCGGCUUUUGAAGCCGGGGGGUAAACUGAUUAUGCUGGAGACCGUGACAGACCCGUCGUGGGUGCAUCUUACCAGCGGCACCCUGCCGGGGUGGUGGAAAGGGGCUGCUGAUGGACGCGCUUUAUCACCACAACUAAGUCCAGAGAAGUGGAACUGUGCUCUCAAAGUCGCUGGCUUCACUGGUGUAGAUGUUCAUGUGCCAGAUUACACGGAAUCUCGACACCAUCAAAUGUCCGUGAUGUUAUCAUCUGCAUUGCCAGAAGCCAAGUAUAGGCAGACUGGGACUGCACAGAUCAUCUAUAGCAGUCAAUCAGACCUGACUCUCUGCGAUACCUUGAAAUCCAGACUGGGUUAUCCGUCUGAGGUUGUUAGCCUUGAAAAAUCAUCACCGACUUCCAAAAUAUGCAUAUGUACUUUUGAAGUCUCCAAGCCUAUACUUGCAACGUGUGAUGACCUCACAUUUCAAAAAAUUAAACGGGUCAUGUUGUCGGCAUCCAUUGUGGUAUGGGUGACAGCCGGAGGUACCGGCAAUUGCCAAGUCCCAGAGAAUGGGUUGAUAGCAGGCCUCAUGAGGACGUUCAGGCUGUCCAACCGGGACUCAAAGAUGUAUAUUCUGGACAUCCAAGAUCUAUAUGAUAAUGAUUCCCUGAGGAUUGGGCAGGCCAUUGCAGAAUUCUGCCAGAAGACUGUGUUCCAACCCACGAGCAACUCAGAAGACAGGGAAUUCGUCUAUAAAGAUGGAGUAUUUAUUCUUCCACGCUUCAUCGAAGAUCAAAAGCUAUGCUCCAUUUUUGAUGAUUCAUUGGUCGAAACCAAGUUGGACUAUUUUCUUCAAGCAAGCCGGCCGCUAAAACUUGGCAUAACAAUGCCGGGCUUCCUAGACUCGCUCCAAUUUACUGAGGACCUGUCGCUGCUGACUGGGCCCGGUCCUACCCAGGUGUCUUUUACCCUCCGCGCCGCAGGGUUGAAUUUCGCAGAUAUCAUGACGUGCAUGGGCCAGUUGGACGAAGACAAUGAUCUCCUUUGCGAGUCCGCUGGAAUCGUCAUUGAAGUUGGCUCAGAGGUUCAAGGCAUACGGCCGGGUGAUCGCAUUGUGACAAGUCAUGGCUCAAAUUGUGCCAGUGUCGUGUAUGCCGACUACCGUUUAGUGGUACCGAUCCCUUCGGGAGUUAGCUAUGAGGAAGCAGUGUCUCUGCCGGUGGUGUACUUGACCGCAUAUUAUUCCAUGGUGCAUCUUGCAGGUAUUCGGAAAGGCGAAUCAAUAUUAAUCCACAGUGCGGCUGGGGGUGUUGGCCAAGCAGCCAUUCAGCUCUCGCAACACUAUGGAUGUACUAUUUAUGCCACCGUGGGCUCAGCUGAAAAGAGAAGACUACUCAUCGACACAUAUGGCAUUCCAGACGAACACAUCUUCUCCAGCCGCCACACUGCCUACUCCGCCGGUCUCAAGAGGCUCACCAAUGGCAAUGGUGUAAAUGUCGUACUCAACUCUCUCACCGGCGAGCAUAUUCCGGGAUCGUUUUCUACCCUUGCCACCUUUGGCCGCUUUGUGGAAAUUGGGAAGGCCGAUUUGCAGAAGAACAGUCGGCUUGACAUGGGGCUGAUGCGGCGGAACAUCUCCUUCUUCGCGGUGGACCUUGCCAAGAUAGGGAAUCUCAAGAUGGACCUGGCCAGUUCACUUCUACAUGACGUAUUUCGUCUUUACGAAGCCGGAGCUAUCAGUCAUAUCAAACCCUUGAAUGUGUUCCCGAUCCCCGAGAUCGAGCAGGCGAUGCGAUUGAUGCAAGCAGGGAAGCAUAUGGGAAAGGUGAUUGUUUCCGUUGAUGGGAACACUAAGCUGAAAAUUACCAGCGCCACAUAUAAGGAUGUGACCUUUAGAGCUGAUUCCUCAUAUCUCCUUGUCGGAGGGCUCGGUGGCAUAGGAAGAGAGAUUUGCAAAUGGAUGGUUGAGCGGAAUGCAAAGACCUUGAUCCUUGUCAGUCGAUCGGGAUUAAACAGUGGCAACAAGGCUUUCGUUUCCGAAUUGGAGGCGCUGGGAACAGCCGUAGAUGUCCACGCUUGUGACGCGGCUGAUCCCAAAGCUCUGAAGCGAGUUAUUGAAAGCAGUGCUGAAAAAUGGCCCCCAAUAAGAGGAGUCAUCCAAUCAUCGAUGCUUGUCGAGGCCAUGCCUAACGAGCAGCUCACUGCUGAGGCAUACCAAGCCGCACUUGAGACGAAAGUCGAGGCAACCCGAAACUUACAUAAUUGCUUCACCGGCCCGGACGAUUUGGACUUCUUUGUCAUGCUGUCUUCCGCAUCUGGGGUGCUUGGAAAUUUCGGCCUCGCUGGAUAUGCCUCCGGCUGCACUUUCCAAGACUCAUUUGCCCGAUACCGACAGAGUCAUGGCUUACCGGCGGUAUCCCUAGAUUUGGGUAUGAUAGAGUCCGCUGGCUACGUUAGCCAAAGCGCAGACGCAUUCAAUGCACUAAUGGCCCAGGGGUUUGAGGGAAUGAAUGUGUCUGAGGUCUUACUACUUCUGGGGAGUGUGAUUGCCACUCCACCUUCAACACCGGAUACAAGCCAGGUGAUGCUUGCGGUGCGCAACAAGCAGCUAGAUCUCGACGGAGAGACACCAUCCUAUCUUCUGAAUCCAAUGCUAGGCCCUAUACGAGCUUCGAAGAUACCAUUGACCGCAUCUACCCAAGCUGUGGCUACUACGGAUGUCCGCCAGCAGCUAGCACACGCCAGCAGCCAGAAAGAUUGCGUUGAUACUGUGGAGACAGCUAUUGCAGGGAAAUUGAGCAAGCUUUUGGGUGCGGAAGAAUCGUGCGUCCGAGCUAGUCCGACUCUUUUGGACCUUGGAAUUGACUCUUUAAUUGCCGUGGAACUCCGCAACUGGAUUUCCAUGCAGCUGGCGACGAAUGUCCACACAUUUGAAAUACUAGCUCCUUUCUCACUCCAUGCGCUUGCUUUGGCAAUAACUCCGCGAUCGUCGCAUGUGAAAAAGGGGAUAUUCAACAGCUCGACCAGUGGUUAA